UGUUACUACUGGUUUCUGCCAAGAAGUAGCCAUCGGUAAGCACACCAGUCACCCAACUACUGGCCCCGUGCUGUGUUAUCCAAUUAUACGACUGCUUAAGUUAGCAGUCCCUAAUGGAGCAUAAAUAAGCAGAGCGAUCGCAGUACUGGCUGUCAGUGCCCGCAAGGACGACCAACGGACCAACCAAAGCAUGAAGUGGCAGCUCGCGGCGCUGCUGCUCCUCCUGAUCGCGCUACUACCAGCGUCCGGCGCCUUGUCUGUCCCGGCUGGCGCCGGGAUCGUGGCGCGGCUCACGCACGUCGACGCGGGGCGCGGGCUCGCGAGGCCCGAGCUCGUCCGGCGGAUGGCACAGCGGAGCAGGGCGCGGCGAAGGCUGCUGUCUCACGACGAGAAAGAGGAAGCGGCGGACCGGCCGGUGCGCGCGCGGGUGCGCACCGCGGGCGCCGGGGGCGGCAUCGUGACGAACGAGUACCUGGUGCACCUGUCCGUGGGCACGCCGCCGCGGCCCGUGGCGCUGACGCUGGACACGGGCAGCGACCUGGUCUGGACGCAGUGCGCGCCCUGCCUAAACUGCUUCGACCAGGGGGCCAUCCCGGUGCUGGACCCGGCCGCGUCCUCCACCCACGCCGCGGUGCGCUGCGACGCGCCCGUGUGCCGCGCGCUGCCGUUCACGUCGUGCGGGCGCGGGGGCAGUAGCUGGGGGGAACGGAGCUGCGUCUACGUCUACCACUACGGCGACAAGUCGAUCACCGUCGGCAAGCUCGCGUCCGACCGCUUCACAUUCGGGCCCGGCGACAAUGCCGACGGCGGCGGCGUGUCGGAGCGGCGCUUGACAUUUGGCUGCGGCCACUUCAACAAGGGCAUCUUCCAGGCGAACGAGACCGGCAUUGCCGGGUUCGGGCGGGGACGGUGGUCGCUGCCGUCGCAGCUGGGCGUCACCAGCUUCUCCUACUGCUUCACCUCUAUGUUCGAGUCCACGAGCAGUCUCGUCACGCUCGGCGUCGCCCCGGCCGAGCUCCACCUUACCGGCCAAGUCCAGUCCACCCCGCUGCUCAGGGACCCCUCGCAGCCAUCGCUCUACUUCCUCUCGCUCAAGGCCAUCACGGUAGGAGCCACGCGGAUCCCUAUACCAGAACGUCGGCAGCGGCUCCGGGAGGCGUCGGCCAUCAUCGACUCUGGCGCGUCCAUCACGACGCUGCCGGAGGACGUGUACGAGGCGGUGAAGGCGGAGUUCGUGGCGCAGGUCGGGCUCCCCGUGAGCGCCGUGGAAGGGUCGGCGCUGGACCUCUGCUUCGCGCUGCCGUCGGCGGCGGCGCCGAAGUCGGCGUUCGGCUGGCGCUGGCGGGGACGGGGUCGGGCUAUGCCGGUCCGCGUGCCGAGGCUGGUGUUCCACCUGGGCGGCGGCGCCGACUGGGAGCUGCCGCGGGAGAACUACGUGUUCGAGGACUACGGCGCGCGGGUCAUGUGCCUGGUGCUGGACGCGGCCACCGGGGGCGGCGACCAGACCGUCGUCAUCGGAAACUACCAGCAGCAGAACACGCACGUCGUCUACGACCUCGAAAACGACGUGCUGUCUUUCGCGCCGGCGCGGUGCGAGUGCGACAAGCUCGUAGCCUCAGUCUAGUCUUUGUACAGGGGAAACGGCGCCGGAUGUGGUGGCAGAGAAUUGAAGCGGUAGGGGUAGAUUUUGCGUCCUUUCACGUCAGGCGCGACGCGGUGCUUCAUCCGAUCCUGCGUGUGAUCUCGACCGUCUGCCUAGAUGAUCUGACGGUGUACACGCAUGUGCCAUUACCGUAGAUGGCCAGGCACUUCAAUUGUACAGAGGUUGGAAGUGCUGGAAAAAUAUUGCCCAUUUUGGUCCACACGAUUUGACUUUA